AAUCUGCUCCACAAACGCACACACACACGCGCACACACGGAAAAACGGGAAACGGUAUUGGGCUUUUCACCAUCGCCAGGGCAAAGAAAAAGAUGGACGCCAUUGUUGCAGUUUGCUGCUGAACGGGUUGAAAACGACCAGGGGGCCUUUUGCUUUCUCCGCGGACCUGUGCUGGGUGGCGUUUUUGUUGUCGCACUGUGGUCGGACAAUGGUUAAUGCCGAGUGCGUUGGAAAGUGUGCGUUGGAAUCGUUUGCGAACGGAGCUAGUUGCUAGUGCUAGUGGUGCUGUGCGGGUAUUUGCGGUGGUCGGGAAGUUUCUGUUUCUGUUAGGGUUAGGAUUUUGUUAGGGAGAGAGAGUGAGAGAGUGCGCGUGCGGAGUGGGAGAAAGGUGUGUGCAGCAGUGAAAGAAAAAAACGGGUGAAAAAUCCUGUAAGCCCCCCUACAAAGGAGUCCCGUUUUUUUGGAGUUCCCUGUGUGUGUGUGUAUGCGUAGUUAGUUCAUUAAUUGUGUGAUUGGUUUGUGAUUGGAAAUUCGGUAGAGUUGUAGUGAAAAUUGUAGCUCAAGCACAGCUCCAACCACUCCUGCGCCAGUCCCCAAAAGAAGCAUACUCCAACGUGUGUAUUUCUGUGUGUGUGAGUGUGUGUGUGUGUCCUGGAAAAUUACUUCAUCGUUCCUUCGUUGCUUGUCGGCGGUGCUGUGCGUGCGUGCCAGUUGCCCCCGUCGCUGGAUAACGCUGGCCACCGUCCUCGGAUGUGUGGCUGUCCGUGAGCCUCGGCCCGCCGUUUGCCAGCCUACACGAGGGACAGUAAAAAGUGAAGCCUUCCCCACGCCCGUCCGCCCGCUGUAGCAGCCGUCAAACAGCAGACACAAACCAGCACGCCACGCCAGCACAAAGGGCCUGUGGUUGGUCCUGGUGUGCGCCUAGAACACAAAAUUUCGGACCGUCCGAGAUACCAGAGCGCGGCCAUCGGCGACGAUGUUGUACACGGGCGGCAGAAGUAGCUGCGGGAUACUAGCGUUCACGUUUCUGCUGUUCUUUGCCAUCUCGAUUACCCGCAGUGCCGAUGAGCCGACGACAACAAUCAAGUACAACGUUGUCCAAGCCUGGGCGGCCAAACUGGGCGGUGAGCUGUGGCAUUUGGGGGAUUUUAUAACGAGAAGAAAGGAGGUGGAAGAGAGUUUUAAACAAGCGCAGGUAGUUAACAAAAAUGGAGCAAAAAUCGUGGAAGAGAUGGCCAAGGAUCUCAAGUACAUGAUGGAUGCGAAAGUGAGCGCCGUGAAGCGCAUCAUGGAUACGGCAGAGAACACUGCCAUAUCGUUCGACGAGGAGCCGGUGAACCAAAGCUUCCAGUACUACAACGCGAAGCAGAUGAUCGAGCCGGGCGAAAUCAUCACCACGCCGAUCCCGAUGAUCGACGAGGACCCGGCCGACAUUACCACGCCGAUACCGCCGAAGGAGAUCGUGCUGACGAAGAAGCGCCACUUCUUCAACGAGGCCGUCAACACGACGGUCAGCUCGGUGCACGUGCCGACGAAUGUGUACGACCGGGCGACCGAGGUGAUCAAGGCGAUCAAGUGGUCCGAGGCGCUCGACUCCAUCUUCUACAACAACUACAUCGGCGACCCGACGCUGACGUGGCAGUACUUUGGCAGCUCGAGCGGCUUCCUGCGCCAGUUCCCGGCGACCAAGUGGGAGCAGGACCCGGUCGACCUGUACGACUGCCGGCUGCGCUCCUGGUACAUCGAGGCGGCCAACAGCCCCAAGGAUAUGCUGAUCCUCGUGGACAGCUCCGGCUCGAUGACGGGCCAGCGGAAGGACAUUGCCAAGCACGUCGUCUCGAACAUCCUCGACACGCUCGGACCGAACGACUACGUCAACAUUUUCACCUUCUCGGAAGAGGUGGCGGAAGUGGUGCCGUGCUUUCGCGACACGCUCGUGCAGGCCAACAUGGGCAACAUUCGCGAGCUGAAGCUCGGUAUGGACAACAUAGAGACCAAUGAGAUCGCUAACGUUUCAGCCGCCCUCACGAGGGCGUUCGAGCUGCUGGAACAGUUCCGGGAAACCCGCAACGGGGCCCGGUGCAACCAAGCGAUCAUGUUGGUCUCGGAUGGUGUUCCAUACAGCUUCGACGAGGUGUUCGAGCAGUUUAAUUGGAAGGAGCUUCCGUUCAUACCGGUGCGCGUGUUUACGUACCUGAUCGGGCGCGAGGUGGCGGACGUGAAGGAGAUCAAGGAGAUGGCGUGUCGCAAUCAGGGUUAUUACGUGCAUCUCAGUACGAUGGCGGAGGUGCGGGAGGAAGUGCUGAACUAUAUACCGGUCAUUGCGCGACCGCUGGUGCUGAACAAGCGCGAACAUCCGGUGGUUUGGUCGGAGAUAUAUGCGGACGUUGAGGAUCCCAAAAUGACCGACUGGCUAUGGGAGAUUAAGGAGCGAGCCGAGCAGAAGGAACGCUUCAUCGAUUAUCGCAAAAAUCGGGUGCUGUUCUACUCGCCGGAAGAGCAACAUCGGCGCAUGAUCAUGAAGCAACGCAUGAACCAGGACCCGUACUCGAACACUCAGAAGUACAACUUCAUGACGACCGUCUCGGUGCCGGUGUUUGAUCGCCGAGAGAAUGCGAACAUCACCGAAGAUAUACUGAUGAACGAGGCAUACUGGGUGACGAUCACUCGCGAGACGCGGGUGGCCAACAUACUCGGUGUGGCUGGAGCCGAUGUGCCAAUAGCGGAAAUAAAAAAAUACCUUAAACCUCACCUGCUUGGUGUAAAUGGAUACGCCUUCAUUGUUACCAACAAUGGCUACAUCCUCACGCAUCCUGACUUCCGUCCAGUUUUUCAAGAUAUUCUCAAGCCAGCCUACAACACGGUCGACAUGAUCGAGGUCGAGUUGACCGAUGACGACCAAGGGCCACGAGAGUUUAACAACCAACUGCUUAACAUGCGUGAAUCUAUCAUUAAUCAGUCGACUGGAGCCAAGUGGAUACGGGUGAAGUACCACUUUGAUGAGAUGAAACGGGUAUCGCGUACGAAGCGCCAGUACUACUGGACACCGAUCAAGAACACCCCGUUCACGCUGGUGGUCACGUAUCCCGAGACGUACGGGCUCAAUCGGCUGCAGAUACGCACGGAGGACGAGAUCCACCGUAUUCACGCGAAAGGCAGCAACGUGGCCAGCUUCUUCACCGGUAACAAUUGGAAAAUCCAUCCGGAUUGGGUGUACUGUAAAUAUUUAAACGAACACCCGAACGAAACGUUCGCCACGCCGGAGCUGGAGCUGAAGCAUUUCCUCGAGCGCAUGAAGCUCGGUGGCUGGAAGUGGCCGUCAAACCGCACACCGCCCCCACCGGAACAUGCCAUGUUCUCUAAUAUAACGGGCAAAUUGCCAGAUAAGGACUAUUAUUACUGCGAUCGCGGUUUGAUGCAAGCGCUCGUCUACGACGCAAAGGUAACGGAAUGGUUCUCGAAGAACGUUAGCGGGAGUGGCGGAAACAAGGACGAGAAAGGUCCAAGUCCUAUCGCUGUAUUGAUGGGUUUGCUGCCAAGGAACGAGUUUAAACAGCGCUUUGGCAUCACCGUCUCUUUUCUGGCCACGCACUCAGGGCUAACGCGAUGGCAGGAGUACGCCACCGGUGCGGACGAAUCGAAACAAGCCGAACCCGAUUUUAGCGAAACGCACAACCGAGCGAUCGACGAGGUGUGGUACAAGCGGGCGGUAGAGCUGUACUACAGCAACCGCAACCGGAAGGGUGCGGACGGCGAGAACGGCAAGGACGAUAGCGAUCGGAACAGCUUCGUCUACUCGGUACCGUUCGAUGCGGGCAACCGGAACGACACGCUCGUCACCGCCAGCCAUGCGAUUUUCCACGCGGACGGGGCGCGCGAAGCGCCGGUCGCGGUGGUCGGCUUCCAGUUCCACCACUCGGCGCUGUACACGCUGUUCAAGAACAUUACCAGCCAGUGCGGCCACGGUGAUCCGCGGUGCGAGAAGACCUGCUUCACCGGCGACUACCAGUGCUACGUGAUCGACAACAACGGGUUCGUGGUGAUCAGCGAGCAGCUGCAGGAGACGGGCGCCUUCUUCGGCGAGGUGAAGCCCGCCUUCAUGCAGCGCCUGCUGGACGACAGCAUCUUUCGCAAUGUGACCGUGUACGACUACCAGGCGGUGUGCUUCAUGGCGAAGGGUUCGAUCAAUCUCGGCACGGUACUGCAGACGCCGCUGCGAUUGCUCUGGUGGCUGCUGACCAACACGUUCUCGUACCUGGUGUGGGUGGUGAUGCAGCUGUUUCUCAGCCUGGCACGGGCGUACGAUGAAAUGUACGACACCGGAGCGUAUGAUGUGGUGCCCGAGCUGGGCGAUCUCGACGAUCCAACGCUGAACCGGUACAAGGAGCCCGAGUUUAACAAGGUGCUGAUCAACCGUACACGUCCCGAGCCGUGCGAUCACGUGAUCACGCUGUACGAGCUAAACAUGGACGUCGACCCGUCGGUAUACACGAAGGAGGCCCACCAGUGCGAACGUCCCUACGUAGUGCUGCCGAUUCCGUCCAGCAAUCUGCUGCUGCUCGUGCUGGACACGCUCUGCCCACUGCCCACCCACGUGCCACAGCUGUCGACGUGGCCAGUGGAGCACGAUUACAAUGCUUCGCUCGCCUGCCACAAAGCCCGGAGCGAUCCGCUGCCGCGUCGAAGGCCGCUCACCUGCAUCAACAAGCACGCGAAUGAAAGUGUGAUUGAGCUGUGCGGUGACGGUAGCAUACCGAGGCUAAAUGUUGCUUUGCUGCUUGCCCUGCUAGCGUUCGGCCAGUGCAUCGGGCGGCGGUACACUGCCGGCGCCCUCUUCGCUUACCUCUGAGACGCGUCUUCGUGAGCGCGUACUGCCCAAUAGCGUUCCCUUUUUCCGGUUCGGGUUUCCUUUCCACCGUACCGUAGACGGUGUAGCGACGGAGCGACCGGGUGGAGCAAUUCGUAUACAGGAAGAACCGCAUACUGCAAAAAAAAAACAAA